AUGCUGUCUAGACAGACUUGUUUUGGGGUGGCUAACUGUUGUAACAGCAAAAAGUUAUACGCUGGAUUGCGCAUCAAUGAACAGCCAAGCAACAGCAAUGAGACUGAAUCGGACGAUGACGAGAGGAAUCCGGGCUUGCUUGAUGCCGCUAUCGCCCAACUGUUAAAUUCCGACACCGAAGACGAGGAAUUUGAUGGAUUCGUAGAAGAGGAAUGA